AUGUACUACAUUCUUCAGCAUGUCGGCGAGUGGCACUUUCUCGAGGACCAGUUGGGAAAGGCCAUACAGGAGCCCCUGGUGGUGGUGGGCGGAGGUCGCCUAGUAGUGGGGCAGGACUUGGACAUUCCUGAUGGAGGCUUCAGCAUCAGCCAGUCACUUCAUGCUGAGAUUGCUGACUUUCUCUUGUACGAUGUUGCUCUAACAGCACCAGAGAUGAUCACUUUCAUGUCCUGUCAGCAGAACAUAACACAUGAUCCCGUCAUUUAUCUGGACGGUAAUGGCACCGUCCUCCGCGCUGUUGGCGAGACGGAGGUAUCACGGGUCAGCGAAACACAAGUGUGUGAGAAGGCUGAGGGUUACACCCUGUUGUUUCCUGAGCGGAUGAAUUUUUAUGAAGCCGUCAUAUGGUGUGGUACACUGCAGGGCAGCGUUGCCCUCCCAAGAAGCAAGAAGGAGAACGAGGAGAUCCAUGACAGGUUCCAGCGGUUCAACGACGUGUGUCUGGACGGUUGGGGUACUAUUUACUACUUGGGUGCAGUGGGUAACUCGACCACCGAGAAGUGGUCGGCAGUGGUCGAUGGCGGCCCGCUGACCUGGGAUAACUUCGACCCCGGAUGGAACAAACCAACCAACGGAUACACUUGUUCCAGUGUAGGCUCACACAUUUUUCCCUACAUCUGGUUUUCUGCCCCUUGUAACAACAAAAUGUGCGCCCUCUGUAACUUCAGGUCGCACCCUGAGCUUCGCAUUCGCGGUCUUUGCACCUCAUCUUUGUUUGACAGAAUUUUCUACCUCCACGAUUACGAAAACGAUCGGCCAGCGUUUGACGGGCUGGAGCAGAGCCGCAUAUACUGGAACAACGACACCUGGGUGAUGGAGAGUCGUGUGCAUGAGGGACUGCGAGCCCUCAUGGUGGCGGUGAGGACGCAGGAGUACCCACUCGGCCUGCACACCUGGGCCAUCCAUCAGGACAAGUGCCAUCAACCACAGGUAGAGCUGCUGCUGACGUCAUGCGGAAGAGACGACUACACCUGCAACAGUGGCGCCUGCAUCAGCAAGCGGCGCCGCUGUGACCUCAUCACUGACUGCAGUGACCUCAGUGACGAGUUCGACUGUGAUGUCAUAUACACGCCCAGUGGGUACUCGGCCGCCUUGCCUCCCCCGAAGCUGUCCUCUGAGCCCCUACCACUCUUCUUCUCUCUAACCAUAACCUCCAUCAGGGAAUUCAAUCUGGUUGAAUUUACCUUAGUGCUGGACGCCAUUGUGAGCCUCAGAUGGCACGACAGUCGUCUCAUCUUCCGUAACUUACAGGAGGACUUCCGCGCCAACAAGGUGAAGGAUCCCAGCCGCGUGUGGCAACCGGGGGUGUUUAUCAGAGACGGCACAAGGGGCGCCGUUGACGCUCAGCCACGAUCCCAGGCCCUCUUCGUCGUCCUCGGAGGGCAAACCCUAGCAGACGAUGACGCUGUUGUUGCCGAAGGUGCGCAGUUCAGGGGUUUUGUAUGAAAUGUAGAUAAAUGUUAAUUCUCAACAACAGUUUAUUCUCAUUUGGCUUUGCAAUUUUGGCGCCAGUUUGAAACACAACCCGCAUACAUCGCCGAGGUGAUUGUUGUUGUUGUAUUAUCCACAAGUAAUAAGGUGUCUCAGAUCUCACAAGCUUAAUUAUGUCCUUCUCACCAUGGGUUCCGUUAUUAUAAGCAUUACAUUAUUAUAUUCCAUAAUACAACCUUUUUGAGUUUCCUAAAGAAAAAUCAUAUGGACACGACUCAGAUACUGAGCGACCAAUGGUAAUAGAAUAUCUGAACAAAUAAGUUCUGAUGCUUUAUAGUUGAAUUAAUCCUUUUAUAUAAUUCCAGUUUAUUGUUGCUUUAAGAAAGGUUGAGUUAUUGAGAAAUAACCCAACAAGUUAUUUCCUCCACUCACAACUCGCCUUACACAAGAAUAUGUUAAGAAUAUUUUUUAUUGAAAAUGAUGGAAGCAUUUACUGUAAUAUAAAUUUUAUUUUAAAAUAUAUUCUGAUUAGACACGAAUGUGUCUAAUAAUAAUAAAAUUUGCUAAAUUUAUAAUUAGCACAGGAUCUAAGAAAAUACAUGUUUGUACCCAAAAGCAAAUUUAA